GUGCUUAUUCAUUUUCAUUACAUUUCCCUACCUUGCCCUAGUUAGUUACCUAGUUAUUACUUCUACGAUUACCAAAAGGAUCAAUCAUUCAUUAACAAUUAAAUCAAUUUCCCCCGCCUGGUUUCCUAGGACUCGCCCCCGAUAAACCACCUCGCCAACUCCUUAUUACCCGCCACAUAUCUUCUUCAUUCGCUCGGUUCAACGACCUUUCUUUUUUCCUCCCUUUGGCUACACUGGGGCGCACUAUCUCUCCCUCCAGAUUCAGGUUCGGGUUCAGGUUCAGCUCCAACAAACCUAUCAACCAUCCUGUCCAUUCUCGCGUACCAGAAUCAAUAGCAUCGCCAUCAGCUCGACCUCAGCUACGAGUUACAGCUUAGAAUGUACCGCGGCCCAUCUCGCGGCGGUCGCUCCAGGGCAACGCCCACGACCCUCUGCCAGAAAUGUCUUCAACGAGGGCAUUACAGCUAUGAGUGCAAAGCCACGACACAAGAACGGCCCUACAAAGCGCGACCAUCUCGAACACAGCAACUCUUGAAUCCUAGCCUGAAGCCUAAGCUGACGACCGAGGUGCCAAAUGAUUUGCUUCGCAAAAAAGGUGUCGCCGACGAGCUAUUGGCAAAGAAAGAGCAGGAGCGUGGAAGACGGGCGAGCCGCGACGGGGACAAGGCACGGAGGAUUCGGUCGCGAUCCUAUUCCUCGGACUCAGUCUCCACAAUAUCUACAUCACGUUCUCUUUCACGAUCGAGAUCGCCACAACAAGCAGAGCGCAACAGAAAAUCCACACAUCAUGACGGGGCCAACGCACGGAAACGGAGCAGGAGGUCGGUGUCCUCGGAUUAUCACUCUUCUGACAGUGUCAAGCACAAAUCCGACCGUCACACGCGGCGGCGCUUGAGCUCUUUCAGCCCAGAGCAGAGAGGUCGACGGGGCAGAUCACGGUCCAGCCGAAUGUCGCACGACCACGAGAUCACAAAAGAUGCAUCGCGAAGGAACCCCCGCAGCAGAAGUGGUAGUAGAGGGCGAAGGCGCAACAGGGCUCGAAGCAGAGAUCAUGGGCACCACAAUCGACGACCUGUUAGACAGCUAUCUUCCAGAUCGCGUUCGAGAAGCUCGAACCGUAUGGACACUUCUGAUGAUCGUGAGAAGGGUUCGUCAGCCAGGCGUACUUCCGAGUCUCGAUCACAGAUAGGAAAGACUAGAAACGAUGAUGGGAAAAGUGGGUUGAGGGAACAGUCUGCGUCCAUGGGCGACCGAAGCCCUAGCCCCUACUCUCGAAGAGCUGCUCGAGGAUCACCAAAGCCUAAUUCUCGGAGGGGCCCACCCCGCUCUCCAAGCCCUCAUAGGAUUCAGAAUGGUCGACGCGACACGAGGCACCAGCGACCCAAUUUUGUCGGCUCUGCGGCCAAUAAUGCAAGCAGAGAUUUUGAGACGCAAGGUCCUCCACCUCCCCAGCGAGAGCGAAGCCUGAGUCCCUAUAGCAAACGCCUGGCUUUGACUCGGGCCAUGCAGGCCUGAUGCUAGCAGCAUGAAGCUUUACGCCUUUCGGUUCAAACUAGAAUACGAAGAGCGCCGGGCGAUGACGUCCAUACUAUUAUCUCACUUGAGACUCGGAGUUCGUAAUAUUUCUCGCAAAGCAGUUCUGCGACGUAGCAUUCGGAGACUAAUGCGAGUACAUCACCACUAUCACUGGCCACAUCGGCAUUGACAGGAUAAAUGUAUUAGAAUAUUGGAUUAGGGCUAGGUAUUGGUGCACAACUUUUGGAUUGGAGUUUGAUGGCAACCUUAGCAUAGUAGCUGAACUUUAAUACCCAAACAUUGAUAUCCCGCUUC